AUGGAUCAAAUAUCCAUAGAAACAGAAAAGGACCGUUUUGAAAAUGUCAAAGACCCCGCUUUGAAAGAGGAAACAUACGUUCACACUGUCUAUAAUGAGAUAGCCUCGCAUUUUUCACAAACCAGAUACAAGCCUUGGCCCAUAGUUGAAAAAUUCCUAAACUCCCGGAAGAAUUAUUCCAUCGGCUUGGAUGUAGGAUGUGGAAAUGGGAAAUACCUAGGUGUCAAUAAAAAUCUUAUGAUACUAGGCUCAGACAGAUCGGAUGGGCUAAUUCGAUGCGCGUACAAGAAUGGACAUAGAGGGUUGUUGGUAGCAGAUGGCCUACAACUACCCCACCACAAUGACAGAUUUGAUUUUGCCGUCAGCAUAGCAGUGAUUCACCAUUUCUCCACGGAAGAAAGAAGGAUACAAGCCAUCAAACAUAUCUUGUCAAAACUCAGACCACAAGGGGAAGCAUUAAUCUAUUGCUGGGCUUUGGAACAGGAGAAUAGCAGAAGAGGCUGGAAGGAGGGAAUGGACCAGGAUCAGUUGGUUCCCUGGGUAAUGAAGAGUCAGAAUGAGCAACAGACAAAAUUAAGAUACUAUCAUCUUUAUAAGAAAGGCGAGUUGAUAGAUAAUAGCGUAAGUGCUGGAGGGGAGAUCGUUGAAGAUGGUUACGAGAAGGAUAAUUGGUGGGUAAUAGUCAGAAAAGUCUGA